GCCAAUACACAGUUUUGGCUCCAAGACAGAAGGUUAAGGGUUUAAAAAAAAACAAAGCAACCAAAAAGCUACAGACUUCAGAAGGCUAGGUAAUACCUUCUCAGACCCCAAAAUCUGCUUUAGAAAUUAGGAGGAAAAUAAAAAUUCCCUUUCCCUGCUGACAGUGUUCUAUACUUCUCCAGGGGAAACAGGCAUUGGAAAAUCUACACUGAUGAACACACUCUUCAACACAAUAUUUGAGACAGAAGAGUCUGGACACUAUGAGACCUGUGUACGCCUCCGGCCACGCACUUAUGAUCUCCAGGAAAGCAAUGUGCACCUUAAAUUGACCAUUGUGGAUGCAGUUGGUUUUGGAGACCAGAUCAAUAAGGAUGAGAGUUACAGGCCUAUAGUUGACUACAUUGAUACGCAGUUUGAAAACUACCUUCAGGAAGAGCUGAAGAUUCAGCGCUCUCUAUUUGACUAUCAUGACACACGGAUCCAUGUCUGUCUCUAUUUCAUCACACCCACUGGACAUUCCCUCAAGUCACUGGACCUGGUGACCAUGAAGAAGCUGGAUAGCAAGGUGAACAUUAUCCCUAUCAUUGCCAAAGCUGACACCAUUUCCAAGAGUGAACUGCACAAGUUCAAAAGCAAGAUCAUGAGUGAACUGGAUCAAAAUGGGGUCCAGAUCUAUCAGUUCCCUACAGAUGAUGAAGCUGUGGCAGAGAUCAAUGCGGUCAUGAAUGCCCAUCUUCCCUUUGCUGUGGUUGGCAGUACUGAUGAAGUAAAAGUUGGGAACAAACUGGUUCGAGCUCGGCAGUACCCCUGGGGUGUCGUGCAAGUGGAGAAUGAGAGUCACUGUGACUUUGUGAAACUCCGGGAGAUGCUGAUCCGUGUGAACAUGGAGGAUCUCCGAGAACAGACACACAGCAAACACUAUGAAUUGUACCGGCGCCAUAAGCUUGAAGAGAUGGGCUUCCAGGACACAGCUGCAGAGAGCAAGCCUGUUAGUCUUCAGGAGACCUAUGAAGCCAGGAGGAAGGAGUUCCUAGGUGAGCUGCAGAAGAAAGAAGAAGAGAUGAGACAGAUGUUUGUGAACAAGGUGAAGGAGACAGAGUUGGAGCUGAAAGAGAAAGAGAAGGAGCUUCAUGAGAAAUUUGAGCUCUUAAAGAGGACCCACCAGGAAGAAAAGCGGAAGGUGGAAGAAAAACGACGGCAACUUGAGGAGGAGAAAAUUGCUUUCAAUCGGAGGAAGGCAGCUGUUGAGGCCAUGCAGGUCCAAGCUUUACAGGCCACCUCACAGCAACCACUGAGAAGGGACAAGGACAAGAAAAACUCUAAGGGGAUGAUCACAAGGUCCAGCGUGGAGCCCUUAAAGUACAGUAGCUGGUGGCAAGCCAUACAGUUGUGCUGCUGCAACUGCCUGAACAAGAAUCUAAAAUGCCUGAGCAAGAGUCCGACGGGGCAGGAACGAUUCAUCUGAGGCAGCUCAUUUAGUAGAUGGGGACAGUUGGAUAGCACCAUAAUCUGGAACUGGAGUGAAGAGAUUUUGUUUUUCUAAAAAAGUAAAGAAAAAAUUAGAUCAUCAGCAAACUCUUUACUUUAAACAUAUCAUCACCCCAAAGUACAAACUAGUUCAGAUUUAUAUCAGGGAAAUUCAGGUGUGAGCCAUCCCCCAUUGCCAAGGGCGACAACACCAUGAUGUCGUCCCACUGGAGUACAAAUCAUUCAAAUACGAUUAAAGAAUCUCUGCUUUCUAACAAUCUUAUAACCUCACAAUCCUGAAAUGCCAAGACUGCUGAAUAACAGCAAGAGCUUCCAAGCUAAUAAAAAAGUUACAGCUGUCAGUUUCACGUGGCAAGAAACUUCUUAGCUUGGUUGUGACUCUUUCCCCAAAGAAAUUGCUCCCGGUGGCUUCUUAUCAUUCAUCGUCAUGUCAUGGCCUUUUUCUGUUCUAUUCAUGUUGCAUAAUUUUGCCUUACUAACAAAUCAUUUCCCUAAGGAAGACUAUCAUUCCCUUUAAAAAAUCAAAAAACAAAAAAACACUACCUUUUUAUUUUAAGUGCCAGAUCAAUAUGGUCUAAAGCCUGAAUUAAAGGUUAAACAUAUGGGUGAGUAAAAAGACAGCUGAGAGAAUGUGCGAGUAAAUUAUAGCAAUCCGAUAGCUUUUUAUGUACAGUAUUACUAGAAUGGAAAAGUAGAAAUAUUUUUGCAGUGUGUAUUUUAAAAAAUGAGAGAAAAAUUGAUCAUUAUAGUGCCGUCUAAAAUAUUUAUAAAGUUAAUUUAAUCAUCUUUUAAAAGUGAGAUUCUGGUUGAAUAAUAUUUUGAAUAUUAGUAUAUUUAAGGUCUAUUUUCCACUGUUGCAUUCUUCAUAAGACAUGCACAUAGCUUAAUCCAUGUGCAUACAGACCCUUUGUGCGCAUCUGUGCUUUGUAGUCUUACUUGGUAAAUAGCUGCUUAUAUUCAACAAACAAGAAGUCCCCCAUUGUUGCUGUGAAAGGAUCUUAGGGCAAAUUGCCUAGGAUGACCUGCAUUCUCAGCAGCUCUGUAGGAGUACAGUGAUGAUACACAGCAAUAUCAUCACAGGUACUAUUACCUGUAAAGAGAUGAAAAUAAAAAAAGAUAAA